CCUCGCCACACUCCACUUUGUGCAGCUUCUCAUAAGCGAAGGACAGAAUACCAGUCUAUCUAGUGUGUUGCGUGAACUUCUCCCGCUGACUUCUAUCCGUACAGUUCAUAUUUUGUUGGGAAUCUCGCGUUCCAGGUUAUCGACAUCAAGAUGCCCAGCAUCAAGCUGCAGAGUUCAGAUGGGGAGAUAUUUGAGGUGGAUGUAGAGAUUGCAAAGCAGUCCAUCACAAUCAAAACUAUGUUGGAAGACCUGGGAAUGGAUGAGGAUGAAGAAGAGCCAGUCCCACUUCCUAAUGUGAAUGCAGCCAUCUUGAAGAAGGUUGUACAGUGGUGCACCUACCACAAGGACGACCCCCCACCACCAGAAGAUGAUGAGAACAAGGAGAAGAGAACAGAUGAUAUCUGUUCCUGGGAUGCUGAGUUCCUCAAAGUAGAUCAGGGAACACUCUUUGAACUUAUUCUGGCUGCCAACUACUUAGACAUCAAGGGUUUGUUGGAUGUCACAUGCAAGACUGUAGCUAACAUGAUCAAAGGCAAAUCCCCAGAGGAGAUCAGGAAAACAUUUAACAUUAAGAAUGACUUCACACCGGCUGAAGAAGAACAGGUUCGUAAGGAGAAUGAGUGGUGUGAAGAGAAAUGAGCUGUGACACCUCCCAGUUGACGGUAGAGGAAUUCAUGGAUGUCAGUUGUCCCUGUCUUCAAUAACAACACACUGUCAAGGGAAGCACAUCAUCACCAUCACCACCUUGACACCAUUGUGCAGGAUGUAAUCAGCUCUUAAUUGUUAACUUCUGGAAGGACCAGUGUAAGACAAAUUGGAACAGUGAAACCCUGCGAGAAGUCAUUACAAACAACUUUUCAAUAAUCCACUUUGCAGCGUUUGAGGUUAUUUUGCGAUUUUUUCAUUAGAUAAAGUUACUUGUGUUGAAACAUUAAUUUUGAAAUCUAUCCAGAUCAAUAGUUGAAUACAGGAACAGUUUUGUGUUUAGAAGAAUCCAUGGGUUGUGUGACUUCUGGCAUAAGGAAGUGAUCCUAGGUUUCCAAGUUUGAGUAAUGCUUGGUGGUGAAUUAGUCUUGCACCAGCGGUGGGCCCUGUGAUACUGAUUAUAACAACAUUGGUGAUAUAUACAUUUCUCUCAUUGCUCACUGACAACUAUCAUAGGCGCUAAUUUAUGUUCCGUUGAUCCUGUUGACGACUUCUUCCUGUAUACCAAUCCUUGUCAUUCUGUAAUUUGGUGUUUUAGAUUGUGAGGAUAUUUAACACAGUAUUUCAUGUGCAGAUUUCAUAAUGUAUGGUUGCAGCACACAAUAAAAGCACUGAGAAAUGUGGAAAAUGGUUUGUGGAAAAAAUAAUUUUAAAUGGCCAAUUAUAAUGUCAGAAUAAACUUUGAUGAGAACUGUUGGAUUGUUUAAAUAUUCCUGACCACCCACUUGAGUUGUGUUCAUUGCUUUUCACUUGAUAUUUGUCUUGAACACCUUCCACAAGAACUGUCCAUAAACAUUUCUCUUUUUUGUACAAAGUGAUAAAGAAUAGUGUGGUAAAUAAUAAACUGAUGUUUUAACUUCAAA